AUGGCUCAAUCUCCAUCCCUCCCAAAGUACUUGCAAGAUGAUGACGUCUCUCAAGAAUGCAGAGAUCUCCUUCCCUCUCUCCCGUCCGAACAAGGCUGGGUUGGCACCACCCUCCACCUAUACCAAGGCUUCUGGGUCGGCCCAAGGCACUUGAAGGGUGUCCUGGCUUGCCAGAGACACUUCCGAGCCCAAGACACCGACAUCCUCCUCGUCACCACCCCGAAGUCCGGCACUACCUGGCUCAAGGCCAUCCUCUUCGCCCUCCUCAACCGGACCAAGUACUCGGGCUCGGGCUCGCAAGGACAACACCCUCUGUUGAACCAUAACCCUCACGACCUGGUGCCGUUUCUGGAAUUAAAGCUCUACGUCGAGCAGGACACUCCGGACCUUGCCUCACUCCCGCCCCCGAGGCUAUUUGCUACGCACUUGCCUUAUCAAUCGCUCCCUCAGCCGGUGAGGGACUCCAAGUGCAAGCUGGUGUACUUAUGCAGGAACCCCAAAGACACCUGCGUCUCGCUCUGGCACUUCACCAACAAGCUGAGGCCCAAGGAAAGGGGUGAGAACUCGCUGCAGGAGUCGCUCGACAGGUUCUGCCGAGGCGUGAGCUUGUUCGGGCCUUACUGGGACCACGUGCUGGGGUACCACAAGGCGAGCUCGGAGACACCCGAGAAGGUGUUGUUCCUGAAGUACGAGGACAUGAAGGAGGACCCGUACGCUAACCUGAGGAGGCUGGCCGGUUUUCUGGAGUGUCCGUUCAGUCAAGAAGAGCUGAGAGAAGGGAUGGUGGACGAAAUACUGAGGCUCUGUAGUUUUGACAAUUUGAGCGGGCUGGAGGUGAACAAGAGAGGCAAGUUGGCGUCAGGGGAAGAGAACAAGGCGUUCUUUAGGAGAGGCGAGGUUGGAGAUUGGGUAAAUUACUUGAGCGUAGACAUAGCCGAGAAGAUUGACCGCGUUGGGGAGGAGAAGCUGCAUGGCUCUGGGUUGAAGCUUUAGGUGUGGG